AUGGCAUCGUGCAAGAUCGAGAAUGACAACCGGUUGUCAGUGGAAUCAAAAGAAUCGUCGUACAUGGGCUUUGACAGAGGCAUCGAUUCUGACAUCGAGAUCGACCCUGCUGGAGACCCUUUGACAGGAGGGAGAUGUUCCAGCGAACCGCACCUCAAGCGACGAAUCGUACUGACGCCGAAACUAGCUAGAUGGGAAAGUCUUGAUCCUCCUGAAUCAGGAGAUUCGCAAACCCUUGUGGCUCCAGAUCUGAAAAUUGGCGAGCUAAACAAUUGUGUUCUACCUUUGCAAAAGAUUGAUCAAGAAAACGAGCUCUUCUUGAAAAGUGACAAGCAGACAUCGACUCCGAGGAUGAACGAUAUUGCUAAUCAUAAAACAAGUGAGCAUGGGAACUCGAUCCUCCCUUCGUUAGAAGUACCUACUACAAUAAUAGCAGGAAAUCAAAAUAAUGCCGGAACUUCUUAUACUAGCAUCGGAACUCACUCCCAUGUUGGUUUUGUUAAGUACUAUGCAAUGGGUCGACAUGCUCAACAGUCCACAAGUGAAAAUCUGAUGAAUACAUUGAGUUUUAUGUAUGCAAAACUACUGAUUGUGAUGGGGAUAUGUUUUCCAGUAUCUGAAGUUAUAUCAAAGAGAAUUCCUACUGCCUACUAUGAGGGCUUUUAUUUGUAUCUGUAUGGAGGAAGUGUUAUGUUUCUCUUCUUCAUAUAUCGAUUUAUUUUGAAGACUGAAAAGACAGAUCGACGAUCCUGCAGAGAAAAAUUGAUCGUUCGGUUUAGAUCAAUGUUUAGGCCUAAAAAUAUCUUGGAAUCAUUUGAAGAUUGUAACAGAAGUGAACACAAUAACAUCAGGAACGUUAAUCCAGCAGUUAAAUCAAAUAGACCUUAUGCAUCAAAUGAAUACUCAUACAUUUAUCUCAGAUUUGGAGUAGUAGCUUUUGGAAUAGCCAGCAUGAUAUAUUCUGGUUUAGAACUUGGAGAUUUUUUUGAAUUAAAAUCUGAAAGUCACUGUUAUAAUAUUCUUCAUGGCGUGGGACCAGCUGCAAGGAUUGUGUUUACUUUCAUUCAGAUGUACUUUAUUUUCCUAAAUUCUCAAGUUUGCAUCAAAAAAUUCAAAAUCCCAGCCAAGUUUGGACUCAUGCAUAUAAUAGCUACCAACAUCUGUGUAUGGCUGCACCUUUUGGUUCAAGAAACAAAGCAUGGCAUACUGAAUCUUCUGAAACGAAAUGCAACUACAAUUGCCACUACAACUGUCCCUUUGGAUGUAAUAAGUGAUGUUGAUUAUGUUGAUAUAGAGGAAAAUUUUACUAGCAUUACAUACAAGGAAUCAAAUAGCACAGCUCUUGCCUAUUCACACCAUGAGCAUCAUCAUGUCAUGUUUGAGUGCAGGCGAGCCAACAUAAUGGGGGAACUACUGCAAGAAGCUAGUCGAUUUCUUUUCCCUUGCACAAUUCAAUUCAGUCUUAUAUGUGCUGCUAUUCUCUACAUUAUGUGGAAGAAUGUAGGGAAAAAGUCGUUCUCACCCACAAGUGAGACCAUGAGCUCACAUUCUUCACUCAGUGCUGUUCAAAGGCAUCAUUAUCAAGUUGACUGUACCAAGGCACAUAAAGGGUUAUUUACAGGAAUAAUAGUUUUAGUUAUGUCAAUAAUAAGCAUAAUUUUAUUUUUUGUUUUUAUUAGUAAACCUGAUUACAAGGGAACAGCUAUUACUGAGGCGAGAAUUACAGAAUUGGGUAUAUAUUUGAUAACUGCUAUAGCUGUUGUUAUUGCCCUCCAUCAAGUCCAGGAAUUAAAAUUUAAUAUGCCUCAAAACACAGAGCUAGAUCAUACACUUCUGAUUAUUGCCCAGAGUGGUCUUUAUCUCUUCACUAUGUUUAGCAUUAUAAGUAGCCAUUUUACUGAUAAUGAAAACACAUUGCUUGUACUACUCACAUCUUUAGCUUGCAUCAUUCAAGCAACCCUACAAACCAUUUUUAUUCUUGAUGCUUCACAUUGUGUUGCUAGCACAGCUGAGCAUUUGAGAAAAAAGCCAGGAAGACAGUUUGUAACUUUCCUUUUAGUUUGUAAUUUUGCAAUGUGGAUUAUGAAUACAUUGCAAAUCCAAAGGUCAGAUUCCAAUCCAGUCCAGCUAGAAUUUUAUGGGUUUUGGGCUUGGUCCAUAGUAACUUAUAUCACAACACCUCUUUGCAUUUAUUUUCGUUUUCAUUCAACAGUUUGCUUAUUUGCUAUUUGGAAAAAAGUCUAUAAAAUAAGUGCUGAUUUCGUAUGA